AUGAACGCCAGCGACCUCCCCUGCCGGAUCCUCUUGAGCGACAGGCAGGUCCGGCAGGUCCUUGGAGACCGCGGCGAGGAGAGCCUAAAGCGGCUGCGUAUGGGCAGUGGUGCCAACAUACAGCUGCUCAGAGGGCCCCUGUUGCCUGCCGCGUUCCGGGCGAGAGACGAGUUUCUCGCUGUUUUCUGGGCGGACGACGGUGCUCGGCUGCGACGAGCGCUCUCCGGCGUUCUGGAGAAGGCGUUCGCGCCACGGCAGGUGGCUGGGGCCGCCCCACCUUCUGCGGAACCUUCAGCGACUCGUGUGCUGGAGGUGAUGAUCCCAGAAGUAGCGUGUCGGCACCUCAUCGGUGCGCGGGGGGAUCGCAUCAAGCUCCUGAGAGAGGAGUCGGCCUGCGAGAUCCAUCUCUCUCCUGGGAAUGUUGCCGGCAUUGCCGCCCAGAGGCGUGUGAAAUGCAACGGGUCGGUUGCCAGCCUCGUGGAGGCCGCCGCGCGCGUGCACGAGGUGCUGGUGGAAUUUGCGGAGAUUGGGAUCCUAUCUCUGAGGCAUUUCGAUCUCCAAGAGGUUCCUGUGGGCGAGCAGGAGGACCCGGCUGUGAACGGUUCGCGCCGUCCUUUGGGCGCAGGCCUGGCUGGCAUCGCACGCCGCGAGGCACGCAAUGCUCGGGUUGCCGUGCGGCAGCUGGUGGUGGCAGAGGAGUGCGGCUGGCUGAUCGGCAAGCGCGGGAAUAAGAUCCACAAGCUCCGGGAGCUUGCCUUGGUUGCCACCCGCGAUGGCGACGAGGAGCUGUGCCAAGACCGUCCUCGCUCGGUGGUCGAGAUCUUUGGGGCGACCAUGUCAAAAUGCCUUUGCGUACUGCAACUGAUUGUGGAUGACCUGGAGCUCUUUCCAGAGGUGGUUCCCAUCACCAGCCUGCUCCUGCCAAAGAACCUGGCCCCCUUCGCCCCCAUCGGCUUUGACGAGGCAGCACGGCGAGCUGGCUGCGAUGCAUCGCUGCGCGAGACGCCGAGGUCCCGGGAUUUCAGAAGUUUUGUCUGCCGAGGGUUCAGGAGCCCAGAGGGAGCUGAUGUUGUGACAGUCCCUUAG